AUGAAAUUGAUUAUUUCGGGAGCCACGGGCUUCGUGGCUAAAGAAGUCAUACGACAAAGUUUAAGCAGAAGUGAGAUCACAUCGGUGGUGGCCUUAGCCCGCAAGCCGAUAGCCAUCCCCGAAAAGCUUGCCGAUGGCGCGGAUCCCUCGAAACUUAGGAGCGUUGUCGUGAAAGACUAUGAUCACUAUUCGGAAGAGGUCAAGAAGGAGUUUGCUGGGGCGUCAGCAUGUAUAUGGACUGUUGCCAUUACGCCGUCGAAAUCUAAGAUGUAUGAUUUCGAGGAAGUCAAGCGUAUCUGCCAGACAUGCACCUUGGCAGGUUUUAAUGCCAUUUGCGAGUCUGGUGUCUCGAAACCAUUCCGGUUCCUGUAUAUGAGCGGGGCGACUACCGAGAGAGAUCAGACAAAGACUCCGCGAUUUCUCCCACAAUACUCUCUCAUGCGAGGAGAUACAGAAAACAAGGUACUUGCGUUGGCUUCCGGGCUCGAUGGGGUCGAGGCGUGUGCUGCCAAACCAGGUUUCAUCACCGCACCUGGCGAGAUACUGAAAUCUAUCGCCGCCACCAUGAUACAAUUGACAGCAGGAGUCCCUAGUAUUAGUGUCGUGGAUCUUGCGAAAGUGAUGCUGGAUCAGGUCGUCAACGGUUUCGAGAAAGAACCGUUAACUCCUGAAGAUUUGGCAAGGAUCGCGAAAAAGCUUAAUAGCUCUUAAAAAGGAAGUGACCAUGAUAUGGGGUUUCAUUAUACGAAACGUAUUAGUUACCUAACAAUAGUUUUACAGUUCAUGUGUUGGACUCGCCGGAGAAUUAAAGAGG